UCAAGUGUUAACUUCCUUGAAAUCACCUACAACCAUAGACUGUAUAAAAGUGGAUGUCGACGCCGGGUCUGAAAAUUGAAGCCAGUUCAGAAGUGCCUUAAAGUGCAACACCACUGAAACCAGGACUGCAGCCUGCUGUCAUUCGCUGAGGAAUGGCCCCUAAAACUAAGAAAACGGCUUUACGAGACGCACUGGAGGACCUGUCGAAGCAGAACUUCGACAAGUUCUGCGCUGAGCUCCUGGACCGGAGGGAAGAGCCGCGGGUCAGACGCAACAAGGUUGAGGGAAAAGGCUUCAUAGAAAUCACUGACGUUCUGGUGUCAACUUUUACCGAGGCCAAAGCUGUGGAGGUGGCUGUGGACAUACUGAGACAGAUUGGCUGCAACGAGGAUGCAGAGAGACUCGUUGAAGAGGUUGAAGAGAUAAAUCGUGGUUGCCGUGAGAGUGCAACGCCCUCAUCUGGAGCAGCUGGUGGAAAUAAAAGGGCACAAAGCGGAUGCACAGACCGGCACUUUGUGGAUAUACACAAAUUAGAGCUGACCCGCAGAGUGAGCAGUGUUGCACCCAUUUUGGAUGAGCUCUUAGACUCUAACGUCAUCCAGCAAGAAGGUUACGAUAGAAUCAGAGCUCUGGCUACCUCUCAGGAUAAGAUAAGGGAGAUCUACAUUUUCCUGAGAGCUGGAGAAACCUGCAAAGACAUCUUCUACGAAGUGCUUAAGAAAAAUGAACCAUUUCUCAUUGCUGACCUCCAUAAAAAGAAGUAAAUUUUAGGGUGAACUCCAUUUUUAGACCAGAUAUGAACUGUCUACCUGAAUACAAAAUGUUUUUAAUCCCUUGUCAAAGGUGAACUACUAUUGUUGAUGCCAUGUCUCUAUGGAGGUUUUCUACUUUGGUUUUUUAAUGUUAAGUCAGAAUGUAAUUUUAAAAUUUGUUGAAAUUUGUGUCCAAAUCAGUGAGGCUGUUUUAAUUGGUUUAACAACGCACACAUGAUGAGAUUCCCUGUCAGGUUUACAAAACAGAUGCAGAACAUGUUCAGUCCUCUAAGAAAUGAAUUGAGGUUCUCACCAAAUAUAUGAAAGCUUGUUUUUUGCAGACUUUGCUGUUGGAACUUCAUUCAAAAUGUUUUCUGUUUUGAAAUUUGUAGUAAAAUCGUACAAUUUCUGUA